AUGAGUGGAAUAGGAAAGACAACUCAAGCUGCUGUCUUAUAUGAUAAAAUUUCUCAUAAGUUUGACGCUUGUUGUUUCAUUGAGAAUGUGAGCAGAAUUUAUAGGGAUGGUGGCCAUACUGCUAUACAAAAGCAAAUUCUUCGUCAAACUUUACAAGAGAAAAAUCUAGAAAUGUAUAGUCCUUUCGAAAUAUCAGGGAUCGUAAGGAACAGGCUACACAACAUAAAGGUCCUUAUAGUUCUCGACGAUGUUGAUCAAAUAGAGCAAUUGCAGGAAUUGGCCAUAAAUCCUAAAUUUCUUUCCAAAGGAAGUAGAAUUAUUGUUACCACUACAAAUGAGCAAAUUCUUAAACCGCAUGGAAAUUAUGUAUUGCACAAGGUUUCUUUAUUGAAUGAAUAUGAGGCUCGUGAACUAUUUUUUAGAAAGGCCUUCAAAAAUGAAGACCAAAGUAGUAGUUGUAUGGAGUUGAUUCCUGAGGUACUAAAAUAUGUCCAAUGUCUUCCAUUAGCAAUUAAAGUAAUGGGUUCUUUCUUGUGCACUCGAGAUGCUAUCCAAUGGAGAGAUGCCUUAGAUAGAUUGAAGACAAAUCCAAAUGAUGAAAUUAUGAAUGUACUUCAAAUAAGUCUUGAUGGACUAGAAUAUGAAGAAAAAGAAAUAUUUUUGCACAUUGCAUGUUUCUUUAAAGGGGAGAGGGAGGAUUAUGUUAAGCGAAUUCUAGAAUGUUGUGGAUUGCACCCUCAUAUUGGAAUUCCAAGAAUCAUUGAGAAAUCCUUGAUAACUAUUAGAGAUCAAGAAAUUCAUAUGCAUGAUAUGUUUCAAGAAUUAGGAAAGAAAAUUGUUCGCAACCAAUUUCCUGAAGAACCAGGAUCAUGGAGUAGAAUAUGGUGCUAUGAAGAUUUCUAUCAAGUCUUGGUGGUAGAAACGGGAACAAAUAAUGUCAAAGCCAUAGUUCUCGAUAAAAAAGAAGAUACCGAAUGUAGAGUUGAUGGAUUAUCAAGAAUGAAGGAUCUAAGAUUACUCAUAUUAUAUCAUCAAAGCUUUUCAGGAAGCCUCGAUUCUCUUUCUCACAAACUGCGAUAUCUUUUGUGGCAUAGUUAUCCUUUUGAUUCUUUGCCACCAAAUUUUACGGCUACUAAUAUUGUGGAAUUGAAUAUGCCUAAUAGUAGCAUCAAACGUGUUUGGAAAGGCCUCAAGGUACUUUAA